AUGUGUUUCGAUGGCACAGCCCACGGGCCAGAUGCCAUGAUCCUGGUGGAUGGACAGCCUCUGCAGACCAAUGGGGAGCUGGGUCUGUCCCAGAUGCUUCACAUAGCCAGUCAGAUUGCAGCCGGGAUGAUCUACUUGGCGUCUCAACACUUUGUGCACCGUGAUCUGGCAACCAGGAACUGCCUAGUGGGGAAUGGCCUGCUGGUGAAAAUAGGAGACUUUGGCAUGUCCAGAGACAUUUACAGCACAGAUUAUUACAGGAGCAUCAUGUACAGGAAGUUCACCACAGAGAGUGAUGUGUGGAGUUUCGGAGUCAUCCUAUGGGAGAUUUUUACUUACGGCAAACAGCCAUGGUUCCAGCUCGCCAAUAAUGAGGUGAUAGAGUGCAUUACUCAAGGCAGGGUACUGGAGCGCCCCAGGCUCUGUCCCAAAGAAGUCUACGAUAUUAUGCUGGGCUGUUGGCAGAGGGAGCCACAACAGCGCCUCAACAUUAAGGACAUCCAGAAGAUGCUGUUUACUCUGAUGAAAGCCACACCAGUCUAUCUGGAUAUACUUGGAUAGAAAAGGAUACGAGUGGAAAGGAAUGGAAUGUAUUUUAGGUUGGACCAGAUCAUUACUGGAGUAGAAAUUAGUUCACUUGAUCAAAAGGAAAUGGAUCACCUUGAAGUGGAAGUCUGGUCUGGACUCACAGCACAGUAAGUGAUGAAACCAUGUGAAGAGGGAUUAGGGAUGGACUGUACCUUGCUUCCAACUGCCUGACAUGUAAGGACUGAAUUGAAUGGUCUUAAGUGAAGUGUUUAACUGGAUUGGAAUGAACGGGAUUACAUUGGAUUGUAUCACAUUAUAAUCAAAGGAAAUGUCUUGGAUCUUACCUAAAUGGUUGUGUCCAGUCCUGUGUGGUCCAGUCUUGCUCCUUUUUGAAUUAACUCAUGGCUAAAAAUACUUGACUAUGAAGUAUGGAUUCUAUCAAACUGGACUGAACUGGAUUGACCUGAUUGUACUAGUCUGGUAUGGUUUCUUAUCCUAAUAAUUUAGGUACCAUCAUUUCCUCAUUUCACCUUGUC